CAACCGCCAUGAAAAGGAAAAAGAAGAAAACGACAAGGGAGGAAGAGGAAGAUAAUGGCUCAUGGUUUGUUCUGUUAAAUGUUCGAGUGUUUCUGUAAAACAAACAAACAAACAAACAAAAAACAUGUCUUCAAUCCAGUUUAAAUGUGUAGUUAAUCCUGUUGAAGAAACAUUAACAGAGUUUAAAGGAAUCGUCUUCAAGUCGGAGGAAGAGAUGGAUGAUCAGCGCAGACUGCUGGAUUUCUCCCGGACUCCCCGGAUUAUUUUACACCGGAUAGAUUGCCUGCAACAUAAUAUUUAUGAGGAGGAGAUAUGUAACCAGGAGAGGAGCUUCAAUCCGGACCAGGAUGAGUCAGAACCUCUGCAGGUGAAACAAGAACAAGGAGAACCAGAAGAUCAACAGAUAAAAGAAGAGCAGGAGGAUCUAGAACACCAGCAGAUAAAAGUGGAAGAGGAAGAAGUUUACUGCAGUCAGGGUGAAGAACAGAUUGAGUUAAAACGGGAGACUGAUACCUACAUGGUGGUUCCUGUUAAUGAACAGAUGUACCAAACUGAAUCAGAACCAAACAGGAACCAAGUCAUCUUCCAGGAAGCUGCUGAAGCUGAGAAACACAAUCAGGAAGGAAGGAAACCAUUAUCUUGUGAAACUUGUGGAAAAGGUUUUAGUCGAAAACGGAAUUUAACUCGUCACAUGGGGAUUCACACUGAUGAAAAGCCAUUUUCAUGUGUGAACUGUGGAAAAAGUUUUCGUCACAAAGUUAAUUUAACUGAGCACAUGAUGAUUCACACUGUUUAA